UCACACUGCCAUCGAAUUGUUAUCUUAAUAUCGUUCCUAGGCGACUCGCCUUUAGCGAACGACCGCCGCGAAUCAUUGCUAAAACGUAUAUUUUCCACACGAUACACCGAAACUAACGCAUAUCUCACAAAACGGGCCGUUCGUGUUGUAAACGAGUCGAGCGCUUAAUCGAUCGACUGCAUUAAAAAGUAAAAAUUAUUAUUAUCGUUUUGCAGUCGACCUUUGCGGAUUUUGUUGCGCUGCGAUAGGUAUUUUUUAUUUAAAUUUUACACAUAAAGCAAAAGUGGUAAAACAUUGCUUAGGCUUACUGAGUAGUCGAUGAUAUCCUGUGUGGUGCCGUCCUGUGCUUAGUUCGCUCAGUGAACAGUGCGUCAAAAUUGUCGUCGAGGUGUUUUUCCUUCUUCGUUUGGUUGCGGGCUUAGCGCUAUAUAUUCUCUCGGUUGGUUCUUGCUUUGUUUUGAUAUUCUUGUGGGGAAAAACGCGAUCCAUGCUUGGAGUUAUGACUACCAUGAAGAGGACGAGGGUUAAGAAGUGUACGUGGGGAUAAAUCGAUCAUCUAUGCAAAACACGGCAAUCGCACUCCUCGAGUCGGCGUCAGCCUUCGAGCGAGCCGUGCUGGAAUGUGAGCACCUGGAGGCGUCGGAACACGGCGGGUUCCGGUGAGGACGUUGGCGCGGCAGCGGCAUGGAGGAGCGCGGCCCACCGGACGUGCCACUGAUCGUGUCGCCGCCGUGCGCCGGCGCCGGCGGCGCGGCGCUCACCACCUCGCGGCGCGCUGCCUCCGCCCGCGGCUCUCGCGAUGACCCGCCGCCCUCCACGUGGCGCUCCUCGGUGCGUGUGCGUGACACCGGUUUCCGUGGCUCACGCAAGAGUGUCGUUCGCCUCGAACCGCCCUGUAAUGGCCUCAACGGGUUGCCUGCCAUCGGCAAGGAGGUACUGUCUCUGGGUGCGACGGGUGGCCACAAGGGAACCACGCAGCCUUCUCACCCCUGCACUAUCCUCCACCAUUCUCCUUACAAGGCCGCUUGGGAUUGGUUGAUCCUAAUAUUGGUGAUCUACACGGCGAUAUUUACUCCGUACGUGGCCGCCUUUCAACUAAAUGAGCCCGACUUUGAUAAACGUUCCCGCAGCUUCGGCGAAGACCCCAUAGUUGUCAUCGAUAUGAUAGUGGACGUCACUUUCAUAAUAGACAUAUUAAUCAACUUCCGCACAACGUACGUUAACGUGGCGGAUGAAGUGGAGUCGGACCCCGCCAAGAUCGCCAUGCACUACCUGCGAGGCUGGUUCCUCAUUGACCUCGUCGCCGCCAUCCCGUUCGAUCUCCUACUCUUCGGCACCGACACCGACGAAACCACGACCCUCAUCGGUCUGCUGAAGACGGCGCGACUGCUGCGGCUCGUGCGCGUCGCUCGCAAAAUUGACAGAUACUCCGAAUAUGGCACCGCCGUACUGCUUCUUCUUAUGGCCACAUUUGUCCUUAUUGCUCAUUGGUUGGCCUGCUUAUGGUAUGCUAUAGGCAGUUGGGAACGCCCUCAGCUCCACGCUCCGAUAGGAUGGCUGGAUGCUCUCGCCAAUGAUGUCCAAGCUUCUUAUGACAACUCCACUGGUCCAUCCAUGAGAUCUAGAUAUAUAACCGCUUUAUAUUUUACGUGCACAUCGCUAACAAGCGUUGGUUUUGGGAACGUCGCGCCGAACACAGAUAUGGAGAAAGGAUUCACGAUAUUUGUUAUGCUGGUUGGCUCACUAAUGUACGCCAGUAUCUUCGGUAAUGUAUCGGCUAUUAUACAAAGAUUAUAUUCGGGGACGGCUCGUUAUCAUACACAGAUAUUAAGAGUACGAGAAUUUAUUCGUUUUCAUCAGAUAACGAACCCUUUAAGACAAAGACUGGAGGAAUAUUUCCAACACGCUUGGAGCUACACGAACGGUAUUGAUACGUCCAGCUUACUCAAAGGUUUCCCGGAGUGCCUCCAAGCGGACAUCUGUCUGCAUCUUAACAGGAACUUGCUCGCAAAUUGCUCAGCUUUUGAUGGUGCUAGUCCAGGUUGCUUAAGAGCCCUGUCAUUAAGGUUUAAAACGACACAUGCGCCCCCUGGUGAGACCUUGGUGCAUCGUGGAGAUGUUCUCACUUCUCUGUAUUUUAUAUCAAGAGGGUCUAUAGAAAUUCUGAAGGAUGAUAUUGUUAUGGCUAUAUUAGGUAAGGAUGACAUUUUCGGCGAGAACCCGUGCAUAUACGGCACAGUGGGGCGCAGCAACUGCCGCGUGCGCGCGCUCACCUACUGCGACCUGCACCGCGUGCACCGAGACGACCUGCUCGACGUGCUCGACUUCUACCCAGAGUUCCGCUCCUCCUUCGUCAACAAUCUCGAAAUAACAUACAAUAUGAGAGAUGAAGAGUUGGGUGGUAUCGAGCCGAAGCGUCGCAUGCGCUAUGAGAACCCGUGCGAUGCACGCUUGCUUCGGGAGGCAUAUGCACGAACUACACGAAGGCCGCACACAGAAACGUUCGCGGAAAAAGUUGACUCGCAAUGCAGUGACGACGACACGGAGUCCCCGGCCAGCCGCGGCAUCCUGGAGUUCUCUGCGGACAAGGCCGGCCAGGACGUCACCCCGCUCAACUUCAACUUCAGUAAACAGCGGUCAACCACUCUCAACUCUAUCACCGGCAUGCUAGCGCAACUUAAACGGAGCUUCCCAGACCUCUACCAUCAUAAAACACAUCAGCCACUGCACAACAAAUACUCGCAAUCUACGCCUCAAACGUAUAGAAGUCGAGCGGGAGUGCGUCGCCAGUCGUCAGUGGGGCCGCUGAACGAUACGUCACCGUUGACGGGGUGCGCGGCGGCGGGCGAGCCGGCCGUGAGCACGCCGGCACACAGCGCUACGCUUCCCGUGUCCAGUCUCAGCACCAACCCCAGCUCGUACUACACGAAUGCGUCCCCGUCACCACCCGCCGCGCCUGCGCACCAGCACGUUUCCUGUGACGACAUUCUGGCGCCCAGCGCGCCCGCCGCUGCGCGUACUCCCUCUUGCCGCUCCGCGCCACACUCCGCCGUCAACCUGCACCAGCCUACCUGCAACGGCGGCCGCCCAGCUGCCCUCGCUCUGUCCCAAGACAAAGCACAAAAUGCUGCAAACGCACAGGAAAGUAUGUCGCCACAGUAUCAAAAUGUUGGAUCUGCUGCGACGGCAGCGUCAGUAGCAACUGUACUUACAAGACUGGAAGAGUUAAGUCGUCGUGUAGCCGUGUUGGAGUCUGGGCUCACCGCAGAUGUACGACGUAUCCUGCAGUUACUGCAGGCACGCGAAGGCACUGCACACCAUAACGCGCAACCGGCUCACACUCCUUCCACGGUGUUACCAAAGGCGUCUCUCUCGGUACCUCAAACGAACGAGUGGGAGUGGAACUGGAACGGGGAGCGAGAGCGUGAGCGCGGCGGGCGGUACGGGCGCAGCGAGCGUGGUGAUCGCACGCCGGGUGUGCAGCGGUCGGCAUCGGAGCCGCACGCGCCGUUGCCGCCCGCGUUGCCGCCGCCGCCGCACUCGCACUCGUUCUACAGGUAGUGUGAGGCGGGCGAGACGAGCGCCCCCCGCUCCCGGCCGUCGACGCGCUCGCUCGCCGAGUCAGCGUCGUGCGGUUCGCUGGCGGGCUCGCUGGCGGGCGGGGAGGCGCCCGCGCCCGGCGGCACGCGCCCGUCCCUGCCGCGCGCGCGCUUCCACUUCUGCCGGCGCAUUGCGCGCUGUCGGCACGACGACGUCCGGGGCUUCCUCUGACGCGGCCCUCACCCGACGCAUGGACCAAUUUUGUACUUCCGUUAACGCCUAAAUAAACACGUCCUCGCGAUCUCGCGAGCGGGUGGCCUCUCCCGCCCGUGCCGAGUCCAUUUGUAAUAAAUUUCAUUAAUGUUCGCUUUAGUAAAACUUAAGAAUGUCCAGCGAGCCAAAUUCGGCUAAUUCGAGGAAUGGACACGAAGCCGUUUCAGAUGUUAUGGUAGUGUACGCGUACACGAGUGGUUAGAAAUGCAAUAAGUGGUGGAUAUAUUGGGUGCUUUAAUUUUAUGUAUGUAAUUUACAGGCUUUUAAGAGAAGUAAAUUUUUACAUGAUGUAUUACGUAUGGGUAUGUGUACAAUAGCACUAUCUGACCGUAUCGUUCAUCAACCCUUCCGGUGAAUGUGUUUAAGUUAACGAAUCCAAAUGUAUUAUCCAAAUUGACUUAUUAAUGUAUCUACGUAAUUAUUCUAUUCUAGACUUCAGCUAAUUCAGAAUGAGGCUUAUAAGACUGAGAGACUACGUAAUACCGUGAACUGUAUUUCCAGAAGCGAGUACCUAACGAUAACGCUUUCUACCCGUCCUUGCUCCUUGCCUUUACAUAGUAGCUAGGUAAUGUGUAACACUACUACGAACUACAUGAACUGCUCCUUGUGGAAGUGCGUUUCUGAGAUUUCACUCAACACAAGUAUGCACAUUAAUUACCGCAUUGUCUUCAAUGAUACAUAACUACAUAAACAUUUAUCAAACCGUUUCGGUCGCUUGUGUUCGUCUAUUAAACUAUGUACGAUACUUCGCAAUCAGACGACGAGUGGUUCCGAGCACUGCGUUGGUACUCAUCCAUAAUAUUACAACCCUUGUCUCGUUUCUCUGUUUAAUUUAUGUGAUUACUAUAAUUGUGGCUCAAAGUAACUUUAUGUUGUAAUGUGUAUCCUAGUUACGGAGUAAGUGAUUUCGCCAAUAUAUCAUUAUAAGCAAUAAUAAAGCCCACCAUAUGUUAAGGUACAUCGUGAUUAUAACGUAAGUGGCUAAUAACAUCAAAUGUUAGGUGUACAGUAUAACCAGAUAAGGCUACAGUUUGUCGCCGCACUUAGGACUCUCGACUAUACUUAAUCUUUGACGUGAUCAUCAUAUCAUUCUGCGCCAUAUCGUUCCAUCAUUGCAACCUACAUUUAUACGUAUUCUACUCUACUACUGUCCUUCAAUUCGUCUGCAAGUUCUGCUAAACACAGUUAUUCCUGUUAGCAAUGUUUGUGAUUAUUGAAGUGUUGUUUAUGUAUCAAAUACCGGUCAAUUAAUGUUAAACUAGUUAUUCCUUAUUUAUAACAGCACUACAAUUUUUACACUUACGACUAUUUCAGAUUCUGCUCUCUGAUUGUCUUUGUAGAUGACAGCAACGACACUAGCUAUACCUCUUUGCAAUAUUUACUUAAAUCUUACUACACUUUCUCUUUGAAGCAUGUUUUCCUUACUGUUUAUUUAUGUAAGACAAGCGCUAUUUGUCGAAUAUUGUACUUAUUUUUAAUACUUAAUUUUAAUAUAAGUCUGCCUGCUACCUGUACACGAUACUAAUUGGCUCACAUGUUCAACCACUCAACAAAUAUCUUCAACACGAGAUAGUAAUACGAAACCAGCUACAAAUUGGAACAAGUGCUAGAGAACUUAUUUUGAAAUUAAAACUGCCAAAUCAACAAGGUUGCUUAAAAAAAGAAUUAUAAAAACUCUAAAUCGUUGUAUUACUAUGUUAUACUAAAUUAUAGAGACACGCGAUGUGCGAUGUCAGACGCCGUGAAACAGUUAACAAACCAUUUAUAAUAACAGCUUUAAUUUAUAAACAUUUAUCAUAAAGUUGUAGAAUUAUUCAGACGUUUAUAUGACAAUGACCCAUUAGAUUAAAAAUAAUAACAUAGAAUAUCGCACAUGAAUUAAAUAAAUUGUUUUUCCGCGCGUAGUUGGUGAUGUAAUGUAAAUAGUUAGAUAUGUAGACUUAGGUUUGUAAAUUGGUCAAUUCCCAAAUGUUAUACUUAUUCUUCAAUCUAUCUAGUUUAUCAAAAUUAAUAGCUUUGCUUUAAAUUAUCAUCAUUGUAUGCCGAGUAUUCUAGAUCUACAUUUAAGCAUUGUUCUUUGCUUUAGUAGUAAUAGCGUUACAAUUUGCCUGAAUGUCUUUAAAUUCAAAGUUCAAAUACUCAAACGCCACUCAGUUUUAAGAAGCGCUUAAGAGUAGUUCUGUCGCUACAAAUUCUUCGUAAAAUGACAGAGAUGGCACGACAUUUAAGUACUUACUUAUAAUUGAGUAGCCUUUCAGUAUUCGGGCGUUAGUUAUCAAUAAAAGAUGUACCAUUAUAUAUUAAAAAUAAAUGACCGUUAAAAUAUCACCAUUAGUGAAAUAAAAUACAAGUCCAUUAACAAGAGUACGUAGGUUUCAUCGCUAACAUCAUCACGAACGACAAACAACGCGACAAUGACUCGUGGCGGAAGGAAACGUCGAAGUUAUAAUAAAAAUCAAUAUAAAUAAUUCAAAUGUUCAGGCUUCAGGCUAAUUUGUUUGUUACCUUAUUUACGUACUGUUUAUUUCGGUUAUUUCACUGUAUUUUAACAGUACAACAAAUUAAUAAAACCACUGAAUUUAUUACAAUAAGCACUAAAAUUUACCGCAUCAUUUAAUUAUUUUUAUGUUUAACGGCCUACUCUCGAAAUUCUUUGACAAUACAACUCGACUAGUUUCAAGCCACGCUAGGGGCUCAUAUCCAAUAAAAACUUAUCUACUAGUCAAGUAAUCUCACCAAACAGUUAUGUAAGUAAGCCGUUAAACAUAAUUAGUUAAUUUAAUAUGUACCACGAAGGUUAUAACACGAAAAUAGAAUGAGAUUAUAAUGUAAUUUGAUAACAACUGACACAAUACAAAACAUUGUUAUAAACUUACAAAACUGUUUAAAUCUCACCAACAGGUGACGACUCGAUGGAAAAAUAUCUGUUAUAAUAAAGUAUUAAAUACAAGUAACAACGAAUAAUAUUUACAUGCUCGUCAAUGUCCAUUGCCCUAAACACAUCUCUUGAUAAUACAUCUCAUGAAAAACUUUUCAACGUGCACGAUUGCACGCUAUUCACAAUUUGUGUUUAAUUUGUAUUGUGUUUAUGAGCUAGGGCCCCUCCAGCGUCAUCUAUACCUUGUUAGAACCAUCACAUGUGUACAUUAUAAACACGCUAAAAUGAUUUAGAAGUUUGACUAAUAGCGCUUAAGCACAGGGUGUAAUUUGGUUCAUAAGUCAUAAUAACUUAAGAUCCUAGAUAACUAAUACUUAUACUAAUAUAAUGAUUAAUUACCAUCUAUAAUGUUAACGUAGGUAUCUACUGUCUAUAUUAAUGUUGAUUAAACGUAGAGUUUCGAAAGCUUAGUAUGUUUGCCGACACACGUGCACCGACAUCUCACGUACCCUUCUUUAGUCUACUUGAUCAUUUUCUGCGACGUACAUAGAUAUCUCUAUCACAUUUCUGACGACUUGUUGCUGAUUCAACUUACUUGACAUAUGCGUAGGUUAGAGCUUAAGGUAUAUAUCAAUCUUAUGAGCACUACGGUACGUACUGGUUUUACCAUCUAAAGGCCUACUAUUGUUAAAUUAUGAACUUGUAGUAGUCCGUUUCAAGGCAUAUUGUACGCAAGGGUUCUCACUUCUUCGUACAUUUUGUCAUUGUCGUCCCCAUGCGCUUCCGUAUCAUUAUUACCUAAAUGCAUUAUUUACAACUUUGUGAAACCUACACAGAACUGACUUUAAAUUUCAAGGUUUUUCAGACACUAGAUACUAUUUACUACAUAUUCCAUAGCACUCACAGUGCCGACAACAGACACCAAAAUCAUCGGCACCUUCCCCGCUGAGAAGGGUCUCAACUUGUCAAUAAAAGCAAUUUGGAGCCGUGCUGUACCAAUGCUAUUUAUAAUUUAUUCUGUGACUAUACGUAAUAAUAAUGAAUUGUAUAAAAUAGCAUGUAGGUGCCGAGGUUUUAGCUGAGACGCCCUUCAGAAUUAUAGCUGUAAGUGUAGUGUUAAGUGGUCACCUUGCGAAAAGAUGUUCGCUUAAUCAUUUAAAAAUUGUUGCCUUGAAAUAUUUUAGACACAGAAAACUGGUUGUUUCAGCUUUGAAUAAUCUCACAAUUAUAUUAGAAUAUUGUAACGAUAAGUUAAGUAUUUUAUAUUUCAUGAACAUAAGCGCAAAGUUAACGCGUGCAUUGUAUUAUGUAAUUUUGUCUGUGAUCAAAAUUUUAUAUUGUUAAGCUGAAAAAAUUAAGCGCACGUAUAAUUAUUUUGAAUGCUACCGUAUUACUUUAUACAUUCUGUGUGCUUGUACUCUAACAUUCGUUGCUGCCUCAAACAUCAUAGGAAUAGUCUCUACUCUCUGUCUAUAGAUAGGCAGGGACAAUCCCCACGAAAUUUGAUCAAUAUGUUAUAUACCUCUUUACAUUACGUAGAGCCCUUUAUAGUUUUAUAAUAAUCAUACCAUAUUCAUGUCAAAUUAUAGAACUUGAUAUGCUUGAUAUUCCAUGACAACCAUUUAUUGUAGGUACCUAAUACCUAAAUUGUACGUAUCGACGUAUGUUUUACACAAAAUAACGUGUAAUGCAUUAAUAUUAACUCUUAUUAAUUGCAUGAGCACAAAGCCUGAGCUUAGCAUAAAUCGAUAUAUCUCAAAAAUAUCUAAACAUAUAAAUACAUUUUACUUAAUUUUUUAUACGCGAAAACCUCGACAAUAAAGUUCCCUUGCCUUCAUAUUUAUCUUUAUAUGUCUACUUAUAGCAGACGUGUUAAAAAGCAUAACAGAAUGUAUGGGUAAAUACAAAUAGGGACACGUGUAUAAUAUCUCCUAAACUUUCAGAUAUCUUAUUGUUAUUAAAUAUCUCACUAAUUAUAUGAAAAGUGUACAUUUAAUUAUGUUAUGAAGAAGUUCUGUUAUUGACAAAACAUUGUUGUAAAGCAUGUUGCGUGUCAGCCGAGUCGACUCAACGAGUUGAGUCUUUGCUGUAUUGGAAAUGUGUGAACUGUUUGGUUUAACAAUAAUGCGUAGGUAGUAAGGUAAAGCCUAUAAUUACGUGAGUCUGCCGUUAUAGUGAUAUGGUCGUGUUCGACAUAUAUGGCAAUUUGUCCUAUGAAACUGUAAUACAGCAAAGAGUUUGAUAUUGUUUGCAAACCUAGAUACUUUAAUUUCUUUUAUGACUCUGAUUAAAACAAUGGAGUGUAAAUGAACCGCAUGUAAACUACUGGUAAAGUGUGCUAACUGUAUUAUUUAUAAUUUGAUGUAACACGAUUACAUCCUAUCAUUAGUUCUAUCAAUAAUCUGGGCAUUCAUAAAAAUCGUUCUAAUGAAAUCAGCACAAUCAGUGUAUUUGCCUACAUGCAUAAUUAAUUAAUUACAGACUAUUGGAAUUAAAGUAUUUCCUCAUUUAAGCAAAUACGUGUGGGUUUAGGCAAUAAUUAUUAUAAACGUUAAAACAUAAGUAGACAUAUUUUUAUUUUGAAUCGCAAGUAACUCUCGUACCUAUAGGUUUCCAUCGCGCUUCUAUAUCAAAAUAUUUUAUUUGAAGAUCCUUUAAUGCAUCUAUUGCAGCAUUCCAAUAAAAUAGGUUGUAAUAAACAAUGGUAAUAAAUGUUUAAAUACCUACAGUUCUAAAUAAAUACCAAGAUUUUUAGCUUGCCCAGCUAGUGCAUAUUCCAUUUUUAUACUACUUAUCUAAUAACUACUGUUCAGUGUAUAUAGAUAAUAAUAUUAACAGGAAAUAUUGUUUUAAGAAAGUUCGCUCCUACAGCAAAUUAUUUAUUUUGUGCACCCAAUAAUGAUAGUGACAACGAUCAAUAUUUUAUUUACAUCUACGUUAUUCUAAGCACUGACUGGAAAGAUAUUAUGACAGUUAAUUUAUAAGCCACAAAUUUUUGCUUUAGGUAUACUUUUUAUACAAAUUAUUGAACGUUUGUUCAUUAUUGUUAUAAUAAUAUGCGUAAACAGUACAUGUUAAAUACUUACGUGUACGUACUUAGAGCAUUAUAAACAGAGCACAUUAGUCACAUAGUUAAUCAAAAGUUUGCAUUCAUUGAACAGCGCAAAAUUCUCGUGGAAUAAGUUCAGUGGAAUAAAAUAUCACGCACAUGCGA